UCACGUGACCAACUUCCGCAUUUGUCGUCAGGCAAGGCGAACCGAACCGUCAGCAAGGGUUAUCGAAACCGGGGGAAUCCGUAUUUCUAAAAAAUCCCGGUCUAUUUUCGUCGAUUAUAUGGAUCCAGACUGGCCAGUCUAACAGCAAAGUUAUUUCAAACGACUGUCAAGGUAGAGGCAUAAUGGCGAUGGUGAAAGCUCAUAAGGAGAUACUUCGAACAAACCGAAGUGCAUUGGUGGACAAUAUGUCAGAUAUUGAAGCAAUCGUCAACCACCUCUAUGAAACGAGAACAAUCACAGAGUCCAUGAAGGAGGACAUACUGGAAGGACGAUCAACAAAAACAGAGAAAAAAAGAGCUUUGCUUGAUUUACUGCCACGAAGGGGGCAGUAUGCGUUUGACGAUUUCUUCAAUGUCCUGAUUGCAUGUUCUGAAUACAUUGCUGCUGAUCGCUUAAAGCCUGGACAAGGACUGGCAGCCAUGGCAGCAGACAGACAGGCUGGACAAAGUGCACCCAUGGCCCCACAACAAGCUACGUAUGUCGCAUCCCCAGUGGAGGAUGACCUACCAAGAUACUGGCCUGAUCAAAACUACAAUCCAUUAUUUGUUGAUGUUUUGCCGGUUCCAAACGAAGAUACAAAUAUGUGGAAUAAAUUUGUGAAGUCUGGUACAGCUGGUUCGUAUUACUGUAUGCAAAAGAACCCAAGGGGACGUCUUUUGAUAAUCAACAAUGUGAACUUCAGCAGUGCAAGGAAUAAGAAACAGCUGCCACUUGACGAUAGACAGGGGUCGGAUGUAGAUGCAACAUCUGUCGAUAUGCUGUUUGAGAAGUUGAGUUUUAAAACAGUCACCAAGACAAAUCUCACAAAGGAGAAAAUCAUAGAAGUGCUGGUUGAAGAGAGACAGCUCGAUCAUGACGGCUAUGACUGUUUCGCGUGUGUCAUCUUGUCCCAUGGGACUGGAGGAGGCGUGUAUGGGGUUGACGGCGAGGUUGCCAACAUACAGGAAAUCACUGAUAUGUUUAAUGGUCAGAACUGUCAAACACUUGUCGGGAAGCCGAAACUUUUCUUCAUACAGGCGUGUCAGGGCACAAAGAAAGAUAGAGGCAGUGCUGGAGACCCAGAGCCGUCUGUGUCUGAAAUCAGUCUCAAGCUUCAGAAACUGGGGUUAAAGGAUGAAACAAAGGCAGGGUCAAAAUCACAGGUGCAGUGUGAAACACAGACAGAUUCAGUUGCUGAAGAAAACCUUGGAACCAGAGCAGACACGUUUGUAGCUUUUGCCACAACACCAGAUUAUCUGUCUUACCGAAACACAAUGAGAGGCACAUGGUUUGUACAGGCGAUAACCUACAUCUUUCAGAAGUAUGCCCGCUCAGAAGAUCUUGUGUCAAUGAUGACAAAGGUUAACAACCUUGUCAGUCGAGGCGAGGUCUUUGGCCAGGGCCUGAAACAAGUAUCCAUCUUUAAUUCUUCCUUCAGAAAGAAGUUGUACUUCUUCCCAGGUCUGAAGGUUGAUGUAUCUGGAGAGGCCCGUCCACAUAAUCAAAUGCAGCCAACCAACUCUUGAUGUCAUUCCUGGACUGUAAAAACUCAUCAUCGAGUCUGUUGAUAUCAGAUAUGUUAGCACAUGUCGUUAAAAUCUGUUGAUGUAUUGGACAUCAAGAUACAAGGAUAUGAUUCUUUUGAUCAUCCAAAAUCAUUCUGCCUACUUCAUAGUUCGUAUAACAGCAGUCAGUGUCUUGAAUGAAAAAGUACAGCUAACCAACUUCAGAGACGGACAGGUUAUUGAUGUCAUUUGACUGUGAUGUCAUGGUAACCAACGACAUCACAAUGGUCUGCAGAGUAUUGUGAUGCAACAUGUUCUCACAAAGAUAUCGUUUGAUUUCACCUAAGAUUUAGAUUCUGUGUAAGCCAGUUUGGGUUGAGUGGAAUUCACAUAGAUCCUUCACAUUUUCCCAUCCUCGUGAGGUUGCAGCAAUGCUGUGUGAGUUAGUGGGUAUGGUUUUCCUUAGCAUUUAGCAAUUCUUCUCUCAAUGUUGCAGUCAGAAGACACCUAAAAUUGGGUUUUACACAUACUACCCAUGUGGGGACUCAAAACAUCUGACCGGGCCAUCACCCUGCUAAGCAAACACUUUAACUGCAAAGCCAACCCCAAAACCAACAAUUCAGCUUGACAUGACAAUGUGCCUCUUCAUGUUAUGAUGUCUCAUCAAUAUCAUUAGCAACAAUGUUACCUUUGCAUUCAUAUAUAUUAUAUGAUAAAUAUCUUUCAUGCUUAUGUUUACCUAGGAUUGUAACAAUGUGUUUGAGAGGGCUGAAUGUCUUUGGAGACACAAUCAGUAUGUGAUAGUGAUACAAUCACAUGUCUACCAGAUUUAAUUAAUUUCAGGUCAUUGUGAUCAGUUCUGUUGUUGCAUUUAUUUUUCAACUGGAAAAUAUUACAGCUUCAGGAACUUGUAGAUUGUUUAUUAUUAUGUAAUUAUGAUAUGCCCUACUAACCAAUGCACAUCCUGAUUUUUAUCUAACAACAGACGGUAUGGUUGGCGAAACUUUUCACAAUGAUCAUGUUUAAGAAGUUGACUAUACAUGUACAGUCAAUCACUGUUGUGUCAAACAUUGAUGCGUCAAACAUAGGGUUUUCUCAAAAGUCCUUCUGUAUUCUAUAUUUAGUCAUCAGUUUGAGUUGUGCAGACCUCGGAUGACUAAGGAUGUUUGACAAACUAUGGAUGGAUUGCAAUUGUUGAGUCUCCGAUAGCAAUUACCGGUUAUCGAUUGUGGAAACGAAAAACUAUCGAUGCAUCGAUAGUAUGUGUGACUGUCGAUAGUUUAGUAAUUGACUUUCGUUGAUAAAUACGCAGCGCAAAAUAGAGUGUUGUUUUGUAUUUUAUUUAUUGUUUGGGUACAGACUUGCAGCUUCAUUGAGUUUAUGUUUUAACUGUUUACUUGGUCACGGUUUCAAGUUUCUUGUCAGUUGAUAAUAGAGACUGAAACUUGUUUUUAUUUCAUAUACACCCCUAUUGACUGUACAUCAGAUAUCAUUAGCUUGACAGUUAUUUGUACUCUGAAGAUUGAUUUCAUACCUUGGUGGAGCUUAGGAGGAUCCACAGUUAAAGAGAAUACAGCACAAAGGCACUGCAGCUCACUUGAAUAAAUAUUGUUUUCAUGCAUGGCUUUUUGAUGGUGAAUAAUAUUAUAUAGGUCAGGAUGCAGUAUCUGUUUUCAUUAUGAAUUUUAAAAAAGCAAAUAAAUUUGAGAUAUAUA